AUGGCUAAGCUUCUAUUGGGAUACACAGCACAUAUCAAGCCUCAUGAAAGUGUUGAAAUUCCCCGCUGUAUAAUAAACUUGCAUUCUCUGCAUAGGGUUGCUAUCUUGUGGUAUAUCGAUCCCAAUGAGAGUUUGGGUGUCAUGGAAGAUCAGGAGACUGUUAGUCUGCGCAACAUUGGAGGUGUUCACCCCUCUGCCGUGCUGCAGAAUAAAAUCGCCCAUUCACUUCUCUUGACUUCGAGUGUGACUGAAUCAUCAUUGUACACAUAUCUACCAACUAUUAAAGGGGAUAUUGAUGUGCUUCUCACCGUCCAAAUCAGACGCGUUUACGAUUUGAAUAGACAACUAAAAGGGAUCUUUCGUACCUACGCUACUGAGGCACGUGGAAAAUAUGCCAAUGUUUUAGAUAUUAUAGACAGAAUCGGUACGGAAAUUGCGGAUGAUGCGCCCCUGAACGUCUCAGAUCUUGAAACCCUUCGUGGAAUUGUCCAAGCACGUAGUGAUCUUAGUGCGAGCAUGAAAACCAUCGUUUCUACUAUGGUCGACUUGCUUCACAAAAUCAAGGCAGAUUUAGAAACAACCAUAGGUAAUAUCAACACGAACCUGUUGGCAUUGAACAAGGUCCUUGUGUUUACUUCUGCUGAGCAGAAUAAGAUUAAUCAAGGCCCAACACCCGAAAACAUCUGGGGAUUCGGCGAAAGAUUCGCCCUAGUAGAUACAUACUUCGUCGUAAGUAGAUUCUCUCUACGUCUGUUUGAUCGUGAAUUACUAAAGUUUUUCAAGAUUAUUGUAAAUGACGCCGUCACGAGAGCUCAAGCUGCAAUCACCUCGGACAUAUCCCCUGCAAUCACUAUGAUGGAAAGGGAACUUAGCAGCUGGGAUGCUAUUAGCCAUGAUUUGACUACUGUUCUACAGGCUGUCGAUGAUGAAAAAAACGACGAAGUUGCCGAGUUAAAGUUGGUGGACAAUGAUGACAUCCUUGAAACAUGGCAAAAGCUUGGUGAUAUAGUCGUUCAAGACUCCGAGCUUGAUUAUUAG